AUCAACUAUACUCUUGAUACGUUGUGAUAAAUACAGCUUAAUUGUUUAUUUUAAAACAGGAUAUUGUGAUACUUAAUUUGUACAUAUUCUUCUUAAAAUGAGAUUGAAGUCAUGGAUAAUAAACACAGUAUUGUUGUCUGAUUUUAAACGUCUUUAUAGAAUUGAGUGACAGAAUGAAAUGGCUAAUAGUCUGUAUUUGAGACUACUGUGGAUACUUGUGACUUUUCACAAAUCUUCAACAGCUAUCGAUAGAGGAGACUCUUUUGACUGUGAUUUUGAUGAUGGAUUUUGCAACUGGGCACAGGACAAAACAGAUGACUUUGAUUGGAUUAGGUGGUCAGGAGAAACGCCGACAGAUGGGACAGGACCAAACUCCGAUCACACAUCAGGAGAGGGAUUUUACGUCUAUAUCGAAACAACACCAAGUUAUCACAACAUUAGCAAAAUGAAUAACUACGAAGCAAGACUGAUCAGCCCACAGAAGGACUCUGGGAAAUAUUGCUUGUCAUUCUGGUAUCACAUGCAUGGCAGCCAUAUCAAUAUACUCACCGUAUCAAUAAAGGAAGGCUUUAAUACAAAAGAAUUAUUCUGGAAAACAGGAAAACAAGGCCAAAAAUGGAUUUUAGGGCAAGUACAGUCCGAGGCAAAAGAACAUUUUCAGAUUGUAAUUGAGGGAAAAGCAAGAAAUCACAAGCAUUCUUGGUUUGGAGACAUAGCAGUUGACGAUAUAGAAAUUUUCCCUGCUGAAAAAUGUCCAACAGAUUGUGGCGACCCUACCCCGGAAGCUGGCGUUGCUAAUUCAAUACACAUCAACAUCGGAUCUGCGGUGGAAAUAUCAUGCAAAUCUGGUUAUGAAAUUGCAGGGAAUUCAUCAAUAAUUUGUUUAGUAAAUGGUUCAUGGAGUGACAGUCCAGAAUGCCAACCAAUAGACUGUAGUGAUCCAACUCCAGAAUCAGGAAAUGUUGAUGACAAAAACUUCCAGUAUGGCUCAGUAAUUGAAGUAACAUGCAUUGAAGGGUACAAACUCAAUGGAAAUUCGUCUAUAAUAUGCCAAACAAAUUCUACAUGGAGUAUCAUUCCAGUGUGUGACCAGAUAGAAUGUGAAACUAUGAAUAUCACAAACGGACAUUUUGAUACAGCACUUGGAACGACUUUUGGAAAAACGGCUACACAGUCCUGUGACACCGGUUAUACCUUUGCGGGAGACGAAACAGUCACGUGCCUUGAAGCUGGUUGGAAUGGUACUAUUGCAACGUGUACCAUCGUUGACUCAGAAGCCAGCGCUCUAGUCGUAGUAUAUGCUUUGGUUCCAGUUAUUGUAAUUGUUCUUACCUUAGUUUUAUUAUUCGUUAUUUGGAGAAAAAGACAUUUACUGUGUGCAAAAGCAAAGGAUGCUAACCUUAAACCUGGAGAGAAGCCAACAAUUCAAUAUGAGAGUGAAACAUGCAAAGGAUAUGGCCUCAAAAACCAGGACCAUGUAUCAGAGUCAUCGGAACCGAUACCACAAGACGAGGAAUAUUCUUUUAUUUCAGACCACAAUAAAGCGAAUCUAAUAGAAAACACGUAUUAUAACACAUCUGACAAUAUAUGUAAAGCUGAAAGUGAUGUAGAAAAUCAAUAUGAUCAUACAAAUGACACAUCGAAGUCGUUUUCAGAUAACUUAUAUUCGCAUAUAUCUAGAAACAAACCUGGCAUAAAGGACGAGACAACUUACGAUACAACAUCGUGUCAAAACUCUGGAAAUGUAUCAUUGAACACCAAAGCGCUAUCAGAAGAUGAUAGCUAUAGCCACCUUAGUAUCAAAGGUCUAAAUAAAGCAAUGCAUCAAAAAUCUGAAAGUGCAAUUCAAGAAGAAGAAUCUGAAUACGCAAAUACAGGAGGAAAUACCGAUGCCGCAAACACUGAACAAAACAAUGACUUUCAUCUGCACGAAGUGAAAAUAAAACUAAGAACUGUUGAAAAAGAAGAAAGCAGUAAUGAUGAUGAUUGUGAAUAUUCUAAUGUAAUUAAAAGAACUGGAAUUAUCGAAACUACAGGAGAGUAAACUGCCAAUUUGUUACAUAUUACAUUACUUACGCAAAAAGAUGGAUCAAGCACUGCAUUUUCUAAAUGUAGGAGAAACAACUGACGAAACAUCAUUUGCCACGAUUACUUACUGUUAGAGAAUACAUUUCUAUAUUUAUACAUAUGUCGUAUUAGCAUAUUCAUUUUUCUUCUGACGUUUGUUUUAAAUUUGAUAUUCGUACAAACAAUAUUAUGUAUUUCGUCAUUUCUAUCUUACAACCCAUUUUACUCGUAAGAUUAUGUUUAUACUUUUUUCACAUCACAUUAGUAAUGAAAAUCAAAUAAAUGUUUUCAACUAAUAUGACAUUUAGUAUGAAUAUUUUUUUCUACAUCCAUUUGUUUUAAUAUUGGAUAAAAUGAAAAAUAUAGUAUAAAGAUACUCAUCCGAAUAUUGUCGACAACUCUUUACAAGUUACUUUCAUGUGGCUAUUGAAUUUAUUGACUAGGUUUGAAUGUGCUACACACCUAAAAUUUACACUACGAGAUUAUGCGUCCCUGUUUUGAAUUAUAGAUUUCUUAUUUUUGUGUUAUUAAAGGUUAUACCAUAGAUAUUGAGUAGUGUUAGAACUUUAGUGAUAUAUUCUACAGUUACUUAAGCAAGAAGUCUGCUCAUUCCUUGCAUAGUAUAGUGUAUCACCAUGGCAUGUGAAUAUGUAUUAUUGCUUGUAUUGUAUUCUCUAGCAGCUGUAAUAACUUUCGAGUUAAGGUAUUGGACCCGUAAUAGAGUACAUCAUUUUUGAGGAGUAUUCAAUUCCUACAAUAAACCUACUUUGACCGCAAUUUACAGGGGAUCAUAGGUUCAAGCCACACUGGAACCAAUUUUUUUUCCAUAUUUUCCUUUUUCUAGUAAGUUUUUUCUUCUUUCAAGACUAAUUAUGGAUUUAUUGUACAAAAGUGGAAUUUUUUUAUUUUGUAAGCGAUUUUUUGCUGUUCAAAGUGAAUUUACCUCUGAAUCAGGAGGGGUAGAGUUAGGCAUCUUUGAAAAUACUGAGUUGCAUGCGGUAAAAGUUCUCUAUUUUGCCUACAUUCUUAGAUUACAUAUUGUUGAAGAAAUGCAGGUAGGUUUUACUUCUGUCCCAAGGUUGUUUUUGAAUGAAGUGAGCAAACUUCAAAGCAGACUCACAGGAUUUUUCAAUGUCGAAGUUAGAAUUCUGUCUCAUUAAAUCUGUUUACUUGAGGCACCCUAGAAAAAAGAUAUUUACAGUUUUAUUUUGUGUUUUAUAAUUGUUUAACAAUACUUUGAAGUUUCUUUUAUCAAAAUUAAUGCUGUAAUGAAUUCUCUGCAAACGUUUUUGUCUCUACUUUAACUUGAGGAAGUACCAUAAAUUAUACAAAAUUUACAAAACACGGCAUGGUAAAAGUUGUUUAAAAUUUGCAACACAGUGCGAAACAUGGUUAACUUUAGGAAUAUACCAAGGAAAUGCCAUUUUUUAAACAAUACUGUUAGGGGUCCAAUACCUUAAUAUAGUUAAUUAAUCAUUCCUGUCUUAGUAUACAUUCUAGCAUAAAACUGCUGUUAUUGUCACUUUUCAGGGGUGUUUUAACAAGAGAGAAAACGUGUGUUAACAGAGAGAUUCUCGCGCCCACGUGCUGUUAUAACACGUUUUAUAUGUGCGCGUUCCAUGGUAAAGCGUAAACGUAUUACGGCCCUAAAACGGAUAAUUCAAAUGGAAAUGACGUCAACGUCAAAAACAACUAAGAUAUUCCCGCGCAUUUAAUGGAAAUGUAACGACGUUCAGAUAGAAUGUAUUUAUUUAUUAGUUUUUUUUUUCAUUUUAUACUAGAAUAGUGUUAGCGCAUGUUCAUUUCAUGUUCUAACAUCUUCAGAUUUCCUGGCCCUACGGCCUCGGGUACUAACCAAUCCCUCGGGAUUCUGCAGAUGUUACAACACGAAAAAACAUGCGUUAUCCCUACAUUGUGACUCGUUAACAGAAAUGAGCAUAAAUAUGUCAACACUGCACAAUUGUUCAAGGAGAUAAGAUAUUUCCAAUUAAAUGACUUUUCACAGUUGGUCAUGUCGGACUGGAAUAACAAGGUAGGGCUUUGUCUACAGUAGGCUGUAGACUGUCUCCUUUUUCUAUAAUAUUCAAUAUAUUUUUCUUUCUUGUUUAUUUUUAAAAUUAGGACAGAACAUAGAUUAAGCCAAGAAUAUUUAUAAUCAUACAUACUGUGAGCCUGUUUGUAUAAACGUUUCCUGUA